AUGAGUGCCACCAUGAAGAAUGUCUUGGUUAUUCUAGGUGUUGGCGGUAUGGGGAAGGCAUGCGCUCAUCGACUCGCCGCAGGCCGUUCCGUUUUCAUCGCCGACUACUCCAAAGAAAACCUUGACGCUACAGCAGAAGCUCUUCGUGCUGAGGGCCGCUUAGUUCACACUUCCAUCGUGGAUAUUGCGGACUAUGAAUCCGUUUCCAAAUUCGCAGACUCUGCGGCGGCAGAGGGUCGUAUCGAGACCAUCGUCCACACGGCAGGCGUUUCGCCCAUUGCUGGAGACCCAAAGACUAUUUACGCGAUUGAUCUUCUGGGCACUGCAAAUGUGAUCGACGGUUUCUAUCGCCACGCGACGCCUGGGACAACUUUGACAUGUAUCGCCAGUAUUGCCGCCCAGGAGACUGCAUUGUCAGGCCAUAUCACGCCCGACCUAGAAAAGCACUUGGCCACGGCAUCCCGGGAGAAACUGCUCGACCAUCCCGAUCUUGCUCCUGACAGCCUUCGGUACGAGUCUUCCUAUGGCAUCUCGAAGAGAGGAAAUCAACUGCGUGUCGAGAUCGCUUCUCAGCAAUGGGGAAGGAGGGGCGCCAGAAUCAACACCGUGAGUCCUGGGGUCAUCGCGACGCCAAUGGCUCAGAAAGAGGCCUCAUCAGCCGGUGGAAAUCAAACCUUCUUAGAAAAUAUGAUCGUAACAGCGGGCCUCCGACGGAUAGGAACUGCAACAGAGAUAGUAAACGCUGUCGCUUUCCUGGCGAGUUCGGAAGCCUCUUUCAUCAAUGGAGCGGACCUCCGAGUAGAUGGUGGACAGGCUGGGUGGAUGCGAUGGCACUCAAAGCGGAUUUAG